UUCAAAUCUGUAGUUUUGAAGCGAAUUUGAAACUUUCUGAACUCUUAAAAGUUCCUGGUUGACAGAUGAAUAUUCAUUCGAACAUACCUAAACAUAUAGGCAUUUUCUAUUUCUUUGGUUGAACCCAAUGGUGUGCUUUUCAAAAAUUCUAUGCGUCUUCGUGGUAUAAGCUCACAACUGAACAAUCAUAACGAUUUAGUUUUAGAACUUGAUUCGUAAUUUAUAGAUGCAUCGUUCAUGAAAACUUCAGAAUUUUCGAAAACACUAUCACGGCCUGAGAGGAUAAACGGCGAUGUGAUUUAUUGUCGUAUAUGCUUGGGGUCGAGUGACUUUGAGGAAUUGAUAAGUCCUUGCUAUUGUGCAGGAACAAUUGGAAUUGUUCAUCAACGGUGUUUAGAGAAGUGGUUAAACUUGUCUCGAUCAAGAGCCUGUGAAAUUUGUGGUUUCACAUUUGAAGUUUCAAAACAUUAUCCUCACUUUUGCAAGUGGUUAUGGAUGGGAGGGAAAGGAGAUGGAAUACACCGUCGCAGAUAUUUAUGGACAGAUUUAAUUUGUUUGCUAAUAAUGAUACCUUUGCUCACAUUGUGCGCAUGGUUGGCGAUUUCUUCGAAUCAGGAUGAAAGAAGUGCUAGUUCAAGAAAGUUUCCAUGGCAGUCCUUUUUCCUUGGAUUAUUAUGCAGCCUUCUUCUUUUAGUAUUUAAUAUAUGGUUAAUGUUUUCUCUUCGAUAUCAUCAUCAAUCAUGGAAACUUUGGCGUAAAGAACAGAGUUAUAUUGUUUUAUCAGAAACCGUUAAAAGAAAAAAGGUGAUAAACGUAAAACGUGAUUCACAAAAUCCAAAUGUAAUUAUCCAGAGUAAUAAACAAGAACAAAGUCAACAGUUUAAACGACUAGAUAUACCUGAGUCAGAUGAAACAAGUAUGAAACCAAACAAAACCAUAGGUGAUUCUGAAUUAGCAAUUAAUACAAUACGGCAACAAUGUUUGAACACUGAAAACGAUUCUGGACCUGUAUGGUGUAUGAAGACAGAAAUUUGUGAUGAAAUAACUAAUACUGGAGAAAAUGAUGGAACGACGAUAUAUAACAAGUUAAGAACAUUAUCAUCUGAGGAAGUAACGAUAAAGGGAGAUACUAAACAUGCUGUGCAGACAGAACCAAUUUCAUUUAAAAGUUCCUUAUCAGUUUUUACAGUACCAAAAGAACCCUGUGCAAAUGAUACAGUAAAUGAUGCAAAAAACUGACAGGAAGUAUAUACACCCCUUUUUUUAAUAUUACCUAACUUACAGAAAUUAUGUUAUAUUCCUUACUUUUUACCAACUAGAUUGAAUAGUAACAACAAACAACAAGAAAGGGUUUACACUGUGUUCAGUCCUACGACAAAGAUUUCUGCUUCAUUUUUAUGACUGACUUAAUUUAUAUUUAUUAUUUGUGAUUAAGCUUUCUGUAUAAAUCUUCUAGAUUAAUAGCUGGGAGGAAAUUAUGUAUUUUUUUAAUCAUAGUAUGACUUCAUUUUCAGUUUUAACGAUUUUGUUCAAUAAUUAAAAAAGGUUAACCACUAAUGGAUGAUUGAUUUUAAUUAUAACUAAAACGACAAUAAGGAAAAUUGAUAAAGAUAAAAGUUAACAUUUAUUGUGUUAUUGAUUGUAUUAUUUUUUAAUAAACAAAAGGCCUAUGUAAUGUAAAUCAAAAUCAAAUGUAACUAGUCUUUCAACCAUAAAAAACGGUUAAUUUUGAUAGCCAAUGUAAAACUAAGUAGAUGUUAUCAUUCGGAGAUUUUGUAAUAUUUUCUUUAAAUAAAAAAAGGACAACAUGUAAAAUUAAAAUAAUAACAAAUUUUACUUUUUUAUCUAAAAAUAAAAUAAGGAAAUUGUUGGAUAGAUGGAAAGUUUUCAUAGAACUUAGUAUAUAAACUAAUCAGAAAGGAUAUUUGCUACCACAGUUCUCAAAUGAUAUAAAAUCAAUUUGGAAUUUUCGGUACUUAAUUCCAUGAAAUUCUGCUCUCUUCUUAUCGAUUAUUUGUUAUCGUUGAGUAUUUGCAGUGUAACAUGUUUAUUGAUCUAGUGUGCUUUCAUACGAGUCCUGCUGAAGUAAUACGUUAAAAUGAAAUACCAUAAUGGAUCAAUGAUACAAAAGAUUUCAUUAUCAUCACUUAUUUUCAAACAUAUAAAGUGAUUUUAUUUUCAUUUUGCAAGCUUUAAAGAGUUAUGAAUUAUGAGAAAAAGAUCUGAUCCAAUAAAAGAUCAGGAUUUCUACAGAUUUGUUAAGUAAGAACUUAUACUUAUAAAAAGAUUUUAAAUUUAUUCCGUUAUACACCAAAUCAUUUAC